AGUAUUUGGAAUUGGCAGCAUGAUCUACAGUGGCUUGGAAGUUGGCCAGUACUUUGAACUGAAAGGGGAUGACAACUGUGCUGAUAUUCUGCUGGCCAUUGCGCCAGGUGCUCGAAUGUUGUUCACUUUCAUCCAGAUGUAUUUCAUUUUCCUCAAUUCAAGGGUUGCAAUUAGCCGACAUAGGAUUGUGGCAAGAUUUGGUCUUAUGCACAUGAUUGGGACCAAUCUGUGUAUAUGGCUUAAUGUUUUAGUUCAGGAAACUAAGCAUGAGAUCAUUAAUUUGAAACUUGGCCAUGGACAGCAUCAUGGAGGAGGAAAUCUCUGGGCUCUAAUCUUGAGUGAAGGUAGAGGGAGCAGUGCAACCCAUCAUGGUGCAAGCGGUGUUGGUCAUCAUGACGAUGCUGGAGCCAUUCUUGGUCACCAUGACGAUGACAACAGUGAUACUAUGGUUAACCACACACUUUUCAAUGAAACUACACAUGCACCACAUGACCUACAUGAUCUUCAUAAGGUUGCAAAUGACAGUCACAACAUUGUGAAGAGAUCAUCAGGAGAUCAUCAUGCCUUCAGUAUCUUUGAAUGUCGGCGCUCUGACCUCAUGGGACAAUUGGUUGAUAAUGCUUCACCAUUCCUUUUCCCAUGUACCAUUGAGUAUUCACUUCUUUGUGCUGGUGUUCUUUAUGUAAUUUGGAAGAAUAUCAACAAGCCAGAAGUUACAUAUGAUGGUGACUCAGACAUAUCCACUUAUGUUGCAAGAAAGGCUCGCCACCACUACUCAGUAGACUGUGCUCAUGCCAACCGUGGAUUGUUCAUGGGCAUCCUUGUUCUUGUUCUCACCAUCAUCUCACUAAUACUAUUCUUUGUUCUCAUCAACAAUGAAGCCUAUAAAGAGGUAGCCAUAAUGGAGGCCAAUAUCAUUGAGUUAUCAGUUUAUGGUGUUGCAAGUGUUACAGUUGUGAUAGGGAUGAUUCAGAUGAGAGAACUGGAGUUUAUACCAGAAGGAGACAUUGAGCUUGACAACAUUCUCCUGCUUAUUGCUCAGACAGGAGUGUACAUUUAUACUUCAUUCACUGUCAUUGGAGGCCACUUUACUAUGACAGAUAAUUUGAUUCUACCUCUCUUGUCUUCAAUUGUCACUCUGAUUCAGACCACUUUGCAAACCAUUUUUAUUUUGGAUGCUUCUCGUCGGUGCUGCUACAACCAUGAUCAGCUUCAGCGUAAACCAGGCAGAGAAAUGGUAACAUUCUUACUGGUAUGUAACUUAGCCAUGUGGGCCAUCAAUACCUUUGAAACCUCCCGUGCUGAUGCCCAUCCAACCCAACUGAACUUCUAUGGUAUCUGGGCUUGGACCAUCAUCUCCCACGUGUCUAUGCCUCUUGCUAUCUUUUAUCGUUUCCAUGUGACAGUCUGCCUGUGUGAAAUUUGGAAGAGAUCAUACAAGUUAAAGAAUGACUACUAGUAUGCUAGAACUGAAGACAAUCUUGAGCCAUAUAAGUACAAAGGCAUACAUUUAUUUUAAGAACUUGUAAAAUAAGUUUGAUGAAGAGCACAGAUACAUUCAUGUCUCAGAGAAUAGACUUGUGAGUUUUGGUAUAGGAUCAGAACUACACAUUAGGUAUUUGUAAA